CCGGCUCCUCUGCUCUUUCUCCCUCUGGGCUUCUUGGCUCCGUUCUCUGCUGCGGUUCUGUCCAUGGCGGGGGCCACCCCUACCACAGCCUUCGGGCAGGUGGUAAUCGGCCCUCCAGGCUCGGGGAAGACCACGUACUGCUUGGGCAUGAGUGAGUUCCUGCGCGCGCUGGGCCGGCGCGUGGCGGUGGUGAACCUAGACCCUGCCAACGAGGGGCUGCCCUACGAGUGCGCUGUGGACGUGAGCGAGCUGGUGGGGCUGGCUGAUGUGAUGGACGCUCUGCGGCUGGGGCCCAACGGCGGCCUGCUUUACUGCAUGGAAUACCUGGAAGCCAAUCUGGACUGGCUGCGUGACAAGCUCAGCCCCCUCCGUGGCCACUACUUUCUGUUCGAUUGCCCCGGCCAGGUGGAGCUCUGCACGCACCACGGUGCCCUGCGCAGCAUCGUCUCCCAGAUGGCGCAGUGGGACCUCAGGCUGACAGCUGUGCACCUGGUAGAUUCUCACUACUGCACAGACCCAGCCAAGUUCAUUUCGGUACUGUGUACCUCCCUGGCCACCAUGCUGCAUGUGGAGCUACCCCAUGUUAACCUCCUCUCCAAGAUGGACCUCAUUGAACACUAUGGGAAGCUAGCUUUCAACUUGGACUAUUAUACAGAGGUCCUGGACCUGUCCUACUUGCUUGACCACCUGGCUUCUGACCCAUUCUUCCGCCACUACCGCCAGCUUAAUGAGAAACUGGUGCAGCUCAUUGAAGACUACAGCCUUGUCUCCUUCAUCCCUCUCAACAUCCAGGACAAGGAGAGCAUCCAGCGAGUGCUACAGGCUGUGGAUAAAGCCAAUGGCUACUGCUUUGGGGUCCAGGAGCAGCGAAGCCUAGAGGCCAUGAUGUCUGCUGCAGUGGGAGCCGACUUCCAUUUCUCCUCUACCCUGGGCAUCCAGGAGAAGUACCUGACGCCCUCAGACCAAUCAGUGGAGCAGGAAGCCAUGAAGUUGUAG